AGGCGCCAAAAUCUGGGACUUCACUUUCGAAAUACGAAACACGAACUGGUUUAUUCAAUUUUUCCAUCGAUACAUUUGCUUGCAGCUGGAUCUUGCGCAUGGUGAUUCCCUCAACCUCUAUUAGAAGGUUCGCCCUGUCCAGUUAUACCGCAUCCCGACCACUGUAGCUUGCGAGAGCUGUUUAAUUUAGCAGAAGACCCGCGCCAACUUUUGUGCCGAUGACCCGAACCUGUCGAAGCUGCUAUCUAUGUUCUCCUUUGGGCAGGCAACCCACGACUUGAGUCGCGCCCGGCAUCCGGGGCUCGUCUAGCGGCCAUGUUCCUAUCUACGGGUUCGUUGAUAUCGCAACGGCCGACGCAAUUGUCGUUCCCUUUUGCGACCCCCACGAUCAGCCUACCGCAGGGCCCGGGGGACCAUCCUGAGGACGGCCCGGGCAAGGAGAUACAGGACUGGUCCUCCCUGAUUGGUAUCGUCACCGCAAUCGUCGGCAAUAUCCUCAUCGCGCUCGCACUCAAUGUGCAGCGCUACGCCCACAUCCGCAUCCACCGGCGACGGGCCGAGGUGCGCGAGCGCGCAAGGCAGGCGUCGAAGAACGCUGCCAAUGGGAGGGGACACGGGGGAGUGUAUGGGACCACGGCGCCGGCCACGAAUGGCUCGAACGGCGAUUCUACCCGCAGGGCCGCAAGCCGCAGCGACGACGAGGUCGAGGAUGCUCGCGAGUCGGACCCGCUGUCGCAAUCGUUUGCGUCGGGAGACUCGCGGUCUUCCGAUGGUGAAGGGGCCAAGGUUACGUCCACCUAUCUGAAGGACCCGUACUGGUGGGUGGGGCAGGUCCUGAUCACUGUCGGGGAGAUGGGCAACUUCCUCGCGUACGGGUUCGCGCCGGCGUCGAUUGUCAGCCCUCUGGGCGUUGUCGCGCUGAUCUCGAAUUGCGUGAUUGCGCCCAUCGUUUUCAAGGAGGUGUUCCGGCAGAGGGACUUCUGGGGCGUCAUCGUUGCCAUCGCGGGUGCGGUGACUGUUGUGCUCAGCGCGAACCAGAAGGAAACGAAGCUGGGGCCUCACGAUAUCUGGGAUGCCAUCACCACCAUGGAGUUCGAAAUAUACCUUGGGGUGAGCUGCGCCCUGAUCGCCUUGUUGAUGUGGGCAAGUCCCAGAUACGGUCAUAGGACGGUGCUCAUCGAUUUGGGGCUCGUGGGUGUGUUUGGAGGCUACACUGCCCUUGCAACCAAAGGCGUCUCUUCGAUGAUCUCGUCGACCCUCUUCGGGGCAUUUGCGACGCCUGUCACCUAUGCCCUAGUCUUCGUCCUUCUCAGCACUGCAGUUAUGCAGGUGCGCUACCUCAACAAGGCUCUCCAGCGUUUCGAUUCCACCCAGGUCAUCCCGAUCCAGUUCGUCCUGUUCACUUUAUCCGUAAUUAUUGGCAGCGCGGUGCUGUACCGCGAUUUUGAGCGCACCACGGCACAUCAAGCUGCCAAGUUUGUUGGCGGCUGCCUGCUCACUUUCUUCGGCGUCUUCCUCAUCACGAGCGGCAGGUCACGCCAUGACGACGACGAAGAUACCCUGUCGGACGCUGAAGGGGUGGAGGAGACCAUUGGCCUGGCAGAGCACCAAGCAACACCGCAAUCCCCUUCACAGUCGUCCCGGCGAGGCAGCGAGUCGGACAGCACGCGCCGGCUAUCGAGGGUAUCCUUCACUGAGGCGGUGAACAAGCCACUAAGGUUGGUGACUGAUGGCGGGAUCCCUACUUCAAGGAGCCCGGCAGCCGCCAAGUUGAAGACUUCUCUCAAUGGGGAUGGACACGAGGUAUCACCGUCGCCACUUGGGAAUCCGUGGCUCGACUCGCAGAAUAACCCGAUACAACCACAACAUCCAGGCGUCGGUGCGCACACGAUCUCGUCAGACUCCGUUUUGACACUGCAUUCUGCCAUCUCGGGGGCAUCACCCGGUCCAGGGACUCCCCCGAAUCAAAGCCAACCAAUCCUCGGCGCUGCUGGCGCCCUGCUCGAGCAACCCGCGACACCCCGGCCGUCAAAGUCAUCGCCUCGCCCCCACUCGAGUGUAAACGUCCGGAGCGGGCCGAUGAUAUCACCCUCGCCAUUCUCGUCGACCGUCUCCGCAGUGGUUGCCGACAAGUUAUUACCGCACGACGGCUCAUCGCGGAGGCUCCCCUAUCGGCGGUCUCGGCCGAGCCUGAUGAACGGCCUGUUCGUGCCACAUGACGAGGCCGAGGGCGAGGAAGACGGUGUGAUCGGCAACGCCGCGGCACAGCAGCACCGACACCGCAGAGAGAGCGAUAUUCCGCCGGGAGACGGCGAGUCCUGGACGGACGAAGACCCUCGCAAGGGCUUCAGAGGGCGGGCCAGGACUCUGAGUAAUACCCUCGGAGAGCUGCUUGGCGUAAGGAGAAAACGGGAUGCCGAGGCCGGCGAGGAUGAUCCCCUCCUCGCCGGGUCUCCGUCGCGGCCAUUUGCAUCUGGCAGCACGGAGACACUUUAGACCGCACAAAGACGACGAUGACUCGGGGUUUCUCUGUCACUUUGUUCCCCCGUUCUCGCCCACAACUUCUCUCCUUUUCCAGGACGGUUUCAGGGGAAAAGUGGAACUGGCCUAAGAAUCUAUUAUAGAGGCCUGAGGAAGGAUCAUUCUCUCCCACUCUUUUGCAUUGGAUAGGAGUUAGUCCAGCACUUUUGCUUUCCUGUCGUUUAAACGGGCCUUUUUUUCCCGCCAUUCCCACCCCCCAAGUUCAUACACCUCUCGAUAUGGUAUGUCGCCGGUUCGAUUUCUAGUUGAUAUCAUAGACGCAGCGCACAUAAUGAGUAGAGUACCUAAUUAUCUGUCACGCUAUGGCGUGUCGCUUCACUGCAACCGAAUAGACACAUUUGAAUAUGA